AGUGUCAUGGCGUCGGGCCGUGGAGCUUCUUCUCGCUGGUUCUUUACUCGCGAACAGCUGGAGAACACGCCGAGCCGCCGCUGCGGAGUGGAGGCGGAUAAAGAGCUCUCGUGCCGCCAGCAGGCGGCCAACCUCAUCCAAGAAAUGGGACAGCGUCUCAAUGUCUCUCAGCUUACAAUAAACACUGCGAUUGUUUAUAUGCACAGGUUUUAUAUGUACCAUUCUUUCACCAAAUUCAAUAGAAAUAUAAUAUCACCUACUGCAUUAUUUUUGGCUGCGAAAGUAGAAGAACAGGCUCGAAAACUUGAACAUGUUAUCAAAGUAGCACAUGCUUGUCUUCAUCCCCUAGAGCCACUACUGGAUACUAAAUCGGAAGCUUACCUUCAACAGACUCAAGAACUGGUUUUACUUGAAACCAUAAUGCUACAAACACUAGGUUUUGAGAUCACCAUUGAACAUCCACACACAGAUGUGGUGAAAUGUACCCAGUUAGUAAGAGCAAGCAAGGAUUUGGCACAGACAUCCUAUUUCAUGGCUACCAACAGUCUACAUCUUACGACCUUCUGUCUUCAGUACAAACCAACAGUGAUAGCAUGUGUAUGCAUUCAUUUGGCUUGCAAAUGGUCCAAUUGGGAGAUUCCUGUGUCAACUGAUGGAAAGCAUUGGUGGGAAUAUGUGGAUCCUACAGUUACUUUAGAAUUACUAGAUGAGCUAACACAUGAGUUUCUACAAAUACUGGAGAAAACGCCUAGUAGGUUGAAGAAGAUUCGAAACUGGAGGGCUGAUCAGGCGGCUGGGAAACCAAAAGUAGAUGGACAAGCAUCAGAAACACCACUUCUUGGUUCAUCUUUGGUCCAGAAUUCCAUGUUGGUAGACAGUGUCACUGGUGUGCCUACAAAUCCAAAUUUUCAGAAACCAUCUACAUCAGCAUUCCCUGCACCAGUACCUCUAAAUUCAGGAAAUAUUUCUGUUCAAGACAGCCAUACAUCUGAUAAUUUGUCAGUGGUAGCAACAGGAAUGCCGAGUACCUCAUACAGUUUGUCAUCACACCAAGAAUGGCCUCAACAUCAAAAAUCAGCAAGGACAGAACAGAUGUAUUCACAGAAACAGGAGACAUCUUUGUCUGGUAGCCAGUACAACAUCAGCUUCCAACAGGGACCUUCUAUGUCAUUGCAUUCAGGAUUACAUCACAGACCAGACAAAAUUUCCGAUCAUUCUUCUAUUAAGCAAGAAUAUACUCAUAAAGCAGGGAGCAGUAAACACCAUGGGCCGAUUUCUGCUACUCCUGGAAUAAUUCCUCAGAAAAUGUCUUUAGAUAAAUAUAGAGAAAAACGUAAGUUAGAAACUCUUGAUCUCGAUGUAAGGGAUCAUUAUAUAGCUGCCCAAGUAGAACAGCAACACAAACAUGUGCAGUCACAGGCAACCAGCAGCAGUUCUGUAACUUCUCCCAUUAAAAUGAAAAUUCCCAUCACAAAUACUGAAAAACCUGAAAAAUACAUGGCAGAUAAAAAGGAAAAGAGUGGAUCACUGAAAUUACGGAUUCCAAUACCACCCACUGAUAAAAGUGCCAGUAAAGAAGAACUGAAGAUGAAGAUAAAAGUUUCAUCCUCAGAAAGACACAGCUCUUCCGACGAAGGCAGUGGGAAGAGCAAGCAUUCAAGCCCUCAUAUUAGCAGAGAUCAUAAGGAGAAGCACAAGGAGCAUCCUUCAAACCGUCACCAUACCAGCAGUCACAAGCAUUCCCAUUCGUAUAGCAGCAGCAGCAGUAGUGGUGGCAGUAAACACUGUGCUGAUGGAAUACCAUCCACUGUUUUGAGGAGUCCUGUUGGCCUGAGCAGUGAUGGCAUUUCCUCUAGUUCCAGCUCUUCAAGGAAGAAGCUGCAUAUCAAUGAUGCAUCUCACAACCAUCACUCCAAAAUGAGCAAAAGUUCCAAAAGUUCAGGUAGUUCAUCUAGUUCUUCCUCCUCUGUUAAGCAGUAUAUGUCCUCUCACAACUCUGUUUUUAACCAUCCCUUACCCCCUCCUCCCCCUGUCACAUACCAGGUGGGCUACGGACAUCUCAGCACCCUCGUGAAACUGGACAAGAAGCCAGUGGAGAGCAACGGUCCUGAUGCCAAUCACGAGUACAGUACAAACAGCCAGCAUAUGGACUACAAAGACACAUUCGACAUGCUGGACUCGCUGUUAAGUGCCCAAGGAAUGAACAUGUAAUCAUUUGUUUAGGUCAAUUUUUCCUUUACUUUUUUAAUUUAAAAAUUGUUAGAAUGGAAAACUUCCUCCUAAUCUAGUAGUGGUAACACCUGCUGUUGCUGCCACUGCUUCAGUAUUUGUAAGUGCUGCUUUAUUCUUCAUUCUGAAAAGAAGAGAUUAUAGUAAACAAAUCUUUAUCUCCACAUAUGAUAGUGUUAUAAAUACUGUAAAAGCAUGGAAGGUGCAAAACUCAGUACUUCUACAAUUGCAGCUAAGAACAUUAGGAUAAAUGGCUGGCUGCUUCUAGGAAUAUAAGAUGCCUCAAGCAUUUAUUAUUUAUAAUUUGAAUAUUGUAGCUGUUUUUUGUUGUUGCUUGGCUUUUGAAUGAGUGUAAAUUGUUUUCUUUUGUGUAUUUAUACUUGUAUGUAUGAUUUGCAUGUUUCAAUGAUAAAGGGAUAAAACAGUGUACUGACAACUGUUUACAAGAAAGUGGAGAAAAAUGUACAUACAUUUUUGUAUGUUUAAAUAUUACCAUAAAUACUCAGGAUUGGAGCUGCUUGUAAGUAUAACAAUAUACAGAAUAACUUUAUUUUAUCUUGUCAAGUCCAUCACUAAUCUAAAACAAAGGUGGCACUUUUUCAUGUUAACCUUAAACUCUAGGCCUUACUGGAAGCCACUGAAGGGGGACACUUCACUACCAGAUGGGUAUGCAGUGCCAGAGAUGGUCAUUUACACUAUGAGACACUGAACUUUGCCUUCAGAAGUUCUGACCAGAUUGGCUGCUGGAAAAGCCCCUAAUUUUCUGAAGGCUUGAAGAGGAAAAAAUAAAGUUUACAUACUCUUGAUGUGAAGUGCAUUUAAAUGUUUGUUGGCUUGUUGCAGUACUAUAAAACAUCUGUUAAUAAUGGUUAUGUGGAUUACUGUGAUUUGAAAACUAAAUUCACAAAAACUUACAUAGUGAAGAAUUAGUAAGUUUUUUUCCUUAAAGAACUGUAACACUACAUCUUUUAACAGUAAACAGGGAUCACUUUUCCUUUAGCAUUCAGAAUGACACCAUAUUCUCAAAUAUACUACUCCCUCAAAGUGUGUGUGUGAUGCCAUAUUUCUUUUUCAGGUAAAUGCAGUCUUCCUUAUAAAAAUGAAAUUAAACCUAUGCUUUCUCAAUUCUUUUAUAUUCUAACAAUAAAUAAAAAGAAAAGAUUACUGUGCAUUGUACCUGUAUUCAUAACUUAUGGUUGUUAUCAGGAAGCUCUAUAAGAAAAAAAGUUCAGCCUCCAGGCAAAACACAAAUGGAGGUUUUUACAUUUGUUUGCACAUCUCAGUAUAUUCCCAUUGAGGUAAAGUUUGCACAGUCAUCUGACUUCUGAUCAAACUAUAGACUUUAACUUGUUUAAAUUUUGUCUUAAACACCGGUAAUAUGGCUCUUGUUUAUCAGCUAAUCUUGAAUUUAUUCUGUGGUAAAUUUUCAAGCUGUCGAUUAUCUUUGAGAUGGGUUGGAUUCAACUUCUGUUGAACUGAAAACUCUCUUAAUUAUUCCUCUAUGUAUAUGAAUUAUUUUUGUUACAAAGCCACUGAUAAGUGCACAAUUGUAGUUUUACUCAAGUAUGUUGCGGUUGUAAAUAUUAAGAGUUUAAUCUCAUGCUCUACUUUUAUUUAGCAAUUACCUAAUUUGCCAGUAGCUUUAUAAUUUUUUAAGAUAAUUGUUCAUUAUUUUGUCAAUGUUAUUUGAACUUGGGAUACUAGGAUCCUCUAUCUAGGGACUUUGCCUAGCUAGCAUGUCCUAACAUUUGUUUCUGUCUUGCAUAACUUUUAGUAAUCUUUGUCAAUAUAUGUAACUUUGUUGCUCUGUAUGGCAUAAUAUUGUAUCCAUAAACAUGGUAAUUUUGAUACAGUUAUACUUUUACAGUGGUACAUAAUCCCAGGACUAGCAUAGAAUUAAACUGAGUGCAAGAUAAGGGAGGGGAAGGGUUUUGUUCUUGGUAAUUUAGAUGUGAAACCUCUACAGAGCUAUCAUGUGAAACGAUAUAGGAUGGUUGUGCUACUGUAUAAUUGGGGAUGAUAAUACCAGGAAUUUUAAUAAGAUUUUGUAAAGAAUAUCCAGAAAAGUAGUGAAUUUAUUUUCAGUAUGACAUAGAAAACAAUGUGAAUAUUUAAGGUCUGUGACUAUAGUUAAACUUCACUAAGAAUUUGCAGGAUUGUUUUGAGAUGUGGGAAUAAAGGUAAUUUUUGUUGAAUCUUUAUUGGUGCUAAUGAUGGACAGUUAAAAAGAUAGCUAGUGUAUAUUGUUAUGGGUCAGUACUUAUUAGUACUUCCAAAAUUGAAUUUGAAAUGCUAUGUAUUCACUUUUCACUCUGUAAAUGUAAUUCUUUACAAUGACUUUAUUUAUUAAAGGGCAGCCAGUUGUAAUUUUUACAGGAUUGUGUCACCUAUUCAAACUUUUUAACCUCUGAACAGGAGAUUAAGCUUCUAAAACCACAAUGGGGAUAGAUAUGGAAAUCCUUUAAGUGUUAUUUCCAUUAAACAAAACCCUUAUAAUUCAUAUUAUCAUGAAUUUGCUUUUACCAUCUCAUUUGCAUAAAAUAGUUCAUCUGCCUGGUCCCAUUAGGCUCUACCAAAGAAAAAGACUCCGAUGAAUGGACGUAAUUACUGUGAGUCUUCUAAGUAGCCAUAAAUAAACCAAAAUAGUAUCAUCAAAUUUAGGUAUAAAAUUCCACAUGUGCAAAGUACUGUUAAGGU